AUGUUACUUUCAGCGGUGGUGAGGCGUGUUGUGUGUGAUUUGACUCUGGAGAGUCGGUCUGGGUACCAUCUGGCUGCUGGUCAGAACAUUUCUGUGGACCUGCAGCUCUACACCACGCAGAGACAGAGCCUACUGCUCAACCUCACACUGACCUACCAGGGAAAACACAGCGUCAACCAAGACCAUGUCCACAACCUCAACCAAACCUUCAAUCAUGACGAUGCUGACCAUGAAAACAAUCAAAACCAUGACCAAACAGAAGAUCACAACCUCAACCAAACCUUNCACAACCUCAACCAAACCUUCAAUCAUGACGAUGCUGACCAUGAAAACAAUCAAAACCAUGACCAAACAGAAGAUCACAACCUCAACCAAACCUUCAAUCAUGACGAUGCUGACCAUGAAAACAAUCAAAACCAUGACCAAACAGAAGAUCACAACCUCAAUCAAAACCAAACCUACAGUCAUGAACUUGACCACUUCUACAACUUUACCCUAGCGCUUGAACUCAACCACAACCAAACCCAUGGUCAUGACAAUGACGAUCACACCGUGUCCCUCCAAUUCACCCACACCCUCUCCCUGUCCUCUAAACCCCAGCCCUCCAGCCCCCUGCACCUCCGCUCUUCCUAUGGCCAGACCAGCUGCCACCUCCAGUUCCGCCUGCACUACCCCCUCCCCUCCACCGUGGGACAGUAUACCCUCUCAGCCACAGUCUUCUCCCUCUCUGAUCCUGCUGUGCCGCUACUCUCCGCCUGUCUCCCUUGCCCCCUGGUGGUGUACGACCGCAUUCGCCGGCUCUGGCCGGCUGGAACGUGGAGCGCUGUGGUUCAGUCACGGUCAGAACUCAACCUCACGGUCACCAGCCAGGCUGACCGCAUGGGUUCUAAGAUGCUUUGGACAGUUGCUAGGGGCAACACCACUGUGUUCAACAGGAUCACGGAGGCCUGGACCGUGACCAUGACAUUCUCGAUCGCAGGGACCUAUCUGGUCACGGUCAAAGCCUUCAACCCAAUCAGCUGGGUUGGCUUCCACACACACUUCCUGGUCCAAGAUCCAGURGGAGAAUUUUUGUUGAAUGUUCCAAGAGUGGUCACGGUCGACUGUCCGACCGCAGCGUUGUUCACCAUCACAACAGGGUUAAACAUGUCUGUGGUGGUGUUAACGAACACAUCCGUGCUGUAUCAGAACAACAGCUACACAGCAUGGGAGGAGGUGACCGUGGGUUUGUUGUUUGACUGUACUGGGACCACUGAGGUUGAGGUCAGAGCUGAGAACCUAGUCUCCUCUGAGAACAGGUCCGUGAACGUGUGUGUUCAGCUGGUCAGAAAGUGGUUACACACGGUCACCAUGGAUAUAACUCUACCACCGGUCACUGGGCCGAGCCUAGCCCUCAGUACCAAGGUAAAUGCAGCUUUGAUAUUAGCACAUGAGGUAACCACGGAGGAGCCAAUUGGUGACGUCCUCUUAGUGUUGGCCACACCUGCCGUGAUCCGAUUAGCUGACUUCAUCAAAGCAACAGCGAUAGUGGUCAGAGGCGGGGCCUUGGUGUUUGAGUGGCAGGUGUCUCUCCCAGAACUCACCACUCACAGUCACACAGACAGGAACACCAGUGUGAGCUCCCUUCAUCUCCAGGCAGUUGUUCCAGGGAUGUAUAACAUUACCGUGACAACCUACUGUCCCCUGGGCCACACCUCAGUCAGCCGACACCUAGAGGUCAUGGUUCAUGGCCCCGUGGGUCACGUUCAGGUCCAGUACCCAUUUGGGUCGGAUCGGGCAGCGCUCCACCUGCAGGCUUUUGGGACCUACGCCACGUCCCUCCUCCUGUUCAGAGGACACUCCUUCUCCCACAGCGCCCAUUUUGUUUUUGACUUCGGAGACGGGUUGCCAACUUCAUAUGUGAACGGUGUCUCUCAUUCMCUGGGAAAGACUGCAUCUACCUAUCACCAGUUCACUAAAGAGGGAGUGUUCCAGAUCAGAGUGUGGGCCUAUAAUGAGUUCUACAGAAGUAUGGCUACGGAACGUGUGUUCUAUGUAGAGAAGGUUCCAGCGGGUCUAGAACUCUCUGCCAACUCAAGUGUGGUCCAUAAGAACCAGGUGGUUCUCUUUGAGGCUCUGUUAGAACAGGGAACUAACGUCUCCUACACCUGGAGUAUGGGAGACCAGACCACCUAUGUCAAUGCAGGUGCUGUAGUGUCCCACGUGUUCCUGUCUGUGGGUGCGUUUGAGGUGUGUGUGUUGGCUGAGAACAAAGUGGGGAGUGUGAGCCACUGUGUCCCCGUCUCUGUGCUGCACCGGAUGCAAUCUGUGAGUAUCCACACAGAGAAGCAGGCGUAUGCCACAAACACUGAUAUAACAUUCCGGGCCCGGACAGAAGAACCGGACCCUGUGGAAUUCCUCUGGCACUUUGGAGAUUCCCGACCACUUCGAACCACAUCACGCUCCUUAAAAAAGACAUACCACACACCUGACAGGUACAGUGUGGUGGUGGUAGCCUCCAACGGGCUGAGCUCCUUCACCUCCGAGGUGCAUCCUGUCCUGGUCCAGAGAGCUGUGCGUCCUAACAGAUUGCUCCUCCAGCCGUCUGUGGUUCUGAACCACACCGCCAGCUUCACCUGUAGGGUCAACUCUGGAACCAACCUUUCCUACUUCUGGAGCUUUGGAGACGGAACCUCCAGGACGGGAGGGAACACAGAACACCAUGUGUUCCACAGGACAGGAGAGUUCACGGUUGAGGUGACCGUGUCUAACCUGGUCAGCUCUGCCUCCCUGACCGCACAGAUGUUUGUGGUCGACCGCCCCUGUAAACCUCCAGCUGUUAAAAACAUGGGACCGCUCAAGAUACAGGUACGGAGGUAUGAGUCAGUGGGUCUGGGGGUGACGUAUGAGGCAGAGGUCCAGUGUGAUGUGUUCCAGGGUCUGGAGUACAACUGGUCUCUGUAUAACUCUACAGGCCUGCCUGUACCUCUACCUCCUGUUCACACAGACAGACAGAGCAUCACCCUACCCAGCCACUUCCUACACUAUGGUAUCUACACCGCUAUAGCCAAGGUCCAGAUCGUGGGCAGUGUGGUGUACAGUAACUACAGUGUAUGUGUGGAGGUGGUGCCCAGUCCUCUGGUCUCCUUCAUCCAUGGAGGCACCAAUGUGUUCCUCAGCAGCAGAAACAGCAGCAUCAUCUCCCUAAACGGACAACUCUCCUAUGACCCCGACUACCCCAUGAACCACCUCAGCUAUAACUGGACCUGUAAGCCAAUCAGUGCCAUCGACAGCUCCUGUUUCGACCAAUAUGUGCCCACCUCCUUCUCUGUGAUCGUGUUUCCAGUGGGGUUCCUGAAACGGGACUUUGACCAGUUCAGAUUCAUGCUCACGGUCCAGAGUGGAGAACGCUCAUCUACAACUGACACCUUCAUCACGGUCACACCCAGCCGGCUCAGGAGAGUGUCAGUGUAUUGUUACCAGUGCCAGGGGGACGCAGUGAACUGGGACCAGUCGUUCUCAGUCAGAGCAGUGUGUGAUAGCUGUGGCCCCUCCCCCAGAACCAUCAGCUACACCUGGACUCUCUACCUGGUCGACUCCUCCAGUAAGGUGGACACAGACGUCCCCUUCUGCCACAGUGUGGAUCUGAGUAUUCCCUCCAACAUCAUUGGUAGCCUUAUCUUCCCCCUGCCUCCAGCCCUGACUCUCACCCCUCCAUCAUCACCCCCACACACACCCUCAACCACAGCCAGCAUGAUGUCCUCAUCCACAGAGAUAUCCUCAAAUAUGACAUCAAUCUCAGCCAGCUUGGUGACCGGUCUGAUGUCAUCAAACGUGACCAGCCAUACUGAGAUACAAACUACGACCCCCACAACUCCCGACCCAGUCCCCCUGCCUCCCUUCUCCCCGUUGCCCCCCUUCCCCCUCCCUUCUCCAUCACCUGGUGGUCGCCCCCAGAAACAGAGGUCACAGGGGUCAGUAGAACUUCAGAGAAUCAAUAGCGCAGCUGGGAACAACCAAACACCAAACUACAGCCCUCCAUUUCUCUCUUUACCAAACCACGCUGUUUUGGCCAACCCUUCACCAAACUCCUCCCCCGAGCCUAUCUCUGCUCCAAUCAGCUUCACUCCUGAUACACCUGAGCCAGACUUGGGAGGGUUUGACCCCGGUGGGCCCCCUUACCUCAUCUCAGAGUACCCUGUAGUUACCUUUGACGACGGCAGCAUCCUUUACUCUGCCCCCCUCGGCCAGAGUGACAUCAUCGAGGAAUUCCCCAUCGAUCCCGAUUUUCCCACUGACUACGACUUCCCUUUCCCCGUCCUGGAGAGUGGAGAUGUGAGCGGACGUCCUGUUGAGGGCUCCUUUCCUGGACAGUCAGUCAGUGGUGGAGUGUUAGGACCCUUCCCUGGAUCAGAUCCCUCCACAGCAGAGACAAGCUGGGACCCCAAUGGAACACUAGAACCAUCAGGCAAUCAGACAGGCAGCUAUAACUUCACUGAUUAUAAUGUUCCCUUCCUGGGGAUAGAGGAGGGAGACCCGGGAGUGUCAGUGGGCAGACCAACAGGUUUUAGUGGUGGGAGCUCCGAGAGCUCAGAGGGUGACUCUGCUCCUGCUGUCCCAGGAUCAGGUGAGGAUGAGGGGAGUAACCUGAUGGACUCCAGCCCCUCCCUGGUGGUCCUUGAACCCACACUACUAGACUUGCCCAGAGAACUGUUAGAGCAGGAGCUGUUUGAGUCCUACACAUACACAGGAAUCUCCUCUAAUCUCAUCACGUUCAGACCUUUCACUCUGAGAGCAGGGAGCAGAUACAUGUUGGAGGUCACAGCUAACUCCCARGAUGCAGUACUGGGGCGGACUCAGCUGUUCCUGUCCACUAGCCCCAGCCCCCGAGGGAUAACCUGUCAGGUGCAGCCUAGCAGUGGCUUCGAGAUACACACACACUUCAGCUUCUUCUGCACCUCUGGGAAAGAGGACCUGCUGUAUGAGUACAGUUUCAGUAUAGGAAACAGCCCUCCUAAGAUCCUGUACCAAGGAAGAGACUUUCAGUACUUCUUCAACCUGCCAUCUGGAGACCCUCAGGAUGACUAUAAAGUCACUAUCUAUACAGAGGUCCGGAACAGGUUUGGAGCAGCAACUGCACCCUGUCCUGUAACCGUCACAGUCCACCCCAGCUUCAUCAGGAACACCUCCUCUAACUACAACCCUGAUAUGGAACUUUUUGAGUCAGGUUUGAGGAACCUGUCUGGUCUGGUCCAGUUGGGGAACAGUGUAGAGAUCCGUAACUACAUCAUCCUCCUGUCCAGCGUCCUCAACAGACUCAGCCAGGACCCCACAGCCAACACACACACUCAGACACACACACGCACCGCACUCAUCAACGCUGUUUGUCAGCUCGACAUCAAUGACCAGCGGUCCAUGACAGAUAACAUUUACAUGCUCAAAGACCUGAUGCACCUCACCCACCAGGUAUCGUUAGCCAGUGCCAGUGUGGUGGUGGGUCAUGUCCAGUCCAUCUCAGACCUGUUCCACCAGCCCAGUGUUCCUGUUCCCUACCUAUUGGACAGCUGGACCCUCAACACUCUGGUCACACUGCUGUCAUACAGCCUGCAGGCCACCCCCACUACUAAUGAUGUCAGACAAGACCAGGCCACUGCUGAUGAUGUCAUACAGGCCACGCCUACCCUCAAAGAACAGGCCAUACAACUCACGACUGACAGUCUGCAGACUACUGAUCAAUUACUACUGAAAUACCUCCUGUUCAAUAAGGUCGAGCAGCACAACGUGACCACCAGUGUCAUGGACCUACAGACCACUCACCACGACCGUGGUCUAACCACAGUCAUCAGCUCUGGCUCGGCCACCUUCUACCUGCCUGACUCCCUGGACCUGGUCCUGUACGGCCGUAGGAGGAGAGAAACCGCAGAUGGACCACAGAGUCUCUGUGUCCUCAGCCAGCUGACCACGUUCACACACAACCUCUACUUCUGGACCAAGACACCUGUACUGCUGAGUGGGCCAGUGAUUGACCUGACUCUGUACAACUGCAGCACAAGGAGAGAGAUUCCAGUACGCUCGCUCUCCCAACCAAUCAACAUCGAGUUCCCCAAAACACCUAGAAAUGUAAGUUCUUUAUCGGAGUUCACUCUCCUGCGUAGCCAGGUGAACUACCACGGUUUCAACAUUACCCAGCAGGCCUUGCAGGAGGCCAUACUGGUCAGUGUGGAAUUCACGCGGCCCCCCAACAAGACCUUUCCCAUCAUGCUCCUCUUCAGGAUGUUUGAGAGGCCGACCCCCAGCUUGUAUCACAUCCACAGCAUCUAUCACUGGGACAGAAACACCACUUACAUCACCCUGCCUCCAUCAUACCUCACUGCUGCAGGGACAGGCUACCUGGCUCUACUCAAUGCUGACUACAAAAAGACCCCCAGACACAAGUACAUGAGCAGACAAGUGAACUACACAUUGAGACUGGAGACCAGCCAGUGUCUGUCCUGGGACCACCAGGAGGGCUGGACACACACCAGCUGCACACCUCAACAAGGACUGACCUCACACACCAGGGUCAACUGCAGCUGUAGGCACUUGAGCCCAUUGACCGUGGUCCAGCAGCAGAUCCAGAGCAGCCAUGAUGACUCAGCAGACCUGGCCCAGUUCAUCAGUCUCCCCAGUGAUGUGACGGUGGUGUGUGUGUGUGUGGUGUGUGUGUGUCUGUAUGCUUUGGGCAUGGUGGUGUGUAAGAGAGCUGACCUCAUCUCAGAGAGGAACCAGGGAGUCUACUACCUAUCUGAUAACGCUCCUUCAGACACACACCUCUACUCUGUUACUAUACACACCGGCCUCCGCUCCUCACCCAGCAUGACCGCCAAGGUCCAUAUCGUGCUGUAUGGGGAGGAUGGGGCGUCACAGACCAGACAACUACAUGACCCAGAAUGCCUUCUGUUCAGAAGGAACUCCAGGAACACCUUUAUACUGAGUACUGUAGACAGUCUGGGCCCUCUGUGGGGGCUGCACCUGUGGCAUGAUAACACUGGCCCCUCCCCCACAUGGUACCUCAGACAGGUGGAGGUGUGUGAGGUGAAGGGCAAGGGGCGGAGCUGGCUGUUCCUAGGCCAGUGCUGGUUGGCUGUUGACGAGGGUGACAGACAGGUGGAGAGGAGACUCAGGGUCUGUGAUCAGGGGCCAGGAUUCACCAAGCUGCUGUAUCUGAAGCUGUCAGAGUACCUGUCAGACUUCCACCUGUGGUUGUCUGUGUACAGUGGUCCCUCCCCUAGUGUGUUCACUCACACACAGCGCCUCAGUGUGUGUCUGCUGCUGCUGCUGGGGUACAUGUGUGUCAACACGUUACUCAUAUCUGGCCUCGACGACCAAUACACCUUAGAGCUGGGCAUCAUCGACGUGUCUGCCGUUUCCCUAAUGACGGGGUUGCUCAGCGCGCUGGCUGUGUUGCCCGUAGCGACCGCGCUGUCCUUCCUGUUCCGUCAGCGUGAGGUUAGAGUAAAGAGGUCAGAGAUCAAACAGGACAUGGUCAGACUGCCAGACAUCUACUCUAUAGAAGCUGAUGCGCUGAUCGUGAGUGACUGUGUGUUUGACUCUCUCUCCUGGAACAAUCUGCAGCAGUGGGCACAGGAGGCCUGGAGGAAGAAAUAUGAGGGCUCAGUGCCGAAUAGGGAUCUGGUAACUCAAAGAGGAGAUCUGGUAAUACGGGGCAGUCAGGAUCUGGUAAGGGAUCUGCUGACCCAGGAGAGCGUCUCCUCAGAUUGCAACUCCAGUGGUUUUGACAACAGCUUGCUUGGCAGGUUGCUAGGCAACAGUGUCCCAGACAACAACAGCGUUUGUAUGGAGAGGGAUCGUAACCUCAACGAUAGCCCCAAACUGCUAGGCAACAACCAGGUGGGCAACAGUACCAGCAGAUGCUUAGGGGGCAGGCUCAGCCCUCUACCCCGCUGGAGUCACCUCCUAGCCUGGGUACUGUGUUUGGCCCUGGGCCUCUCCUCUCUAGUGGUCACUAUCGUCUUGGGGAUCGGGUUCAGCAGCAGUAAGACUUUACUGUGGAUCCAUUCCGUCUUCUUCUCCCUGCUUUCKUGUGUCUUCCUCAUCCAGCCAGCCAUGAUCCUUGCCGUGGCUGUGGUGGUCUCCUUCUGGCGCAGGAAGCGUCCGGACUUCUCCAGUUUCUCAGGAGUUCCUGGGUUUCCUGGGUUUCAGGCAGAAACUCUGAAACUGUGGACCCAAGAUGGCUCCUGUGUCCCAGAGCUCUUCCUGCUCAGCCCUCCUCAUCCGCCCCAGGAGAGAUACUCACACUUUGACAGGGUGCUUGCGGCCCGUCAGAGGGCUCGGUAUCUGCGUUUGGUACGCCCACCCACUUCUGCGGAGCUGAGGAGGACAGGGGGGAGGAAGAGGAGAGAAACACUCAUCCGCAAAACACUCAGGGAGAUGGCAGUGUGUGUCUCCAUGCUGUUCCUCCUACUGUGUGUAACCUAUGGCAGCUCCUUUAGAGACCAGUAUCACCUCAACCAUGCUGUCCGAACACAGUUCACCAGGAGCCCACAUAACCCCUUCCUGUCCAUCCAAACGCAUGAGGAGUGGUGGAACUGGACCUUAACCAGUGUACUGGAUGGUCUGGACUGGGACACCUGMUAUAACAACAUAUCAGCAACUGGGAAGGCAGGUGCUGUCCAGGGAACAUGUAUUCUGAUAGGAGAGCCCAUCUUGAGGAAGAUUGAUGUUUCCAACGCAUCCCAAUGCCAGGUGCCUCCUGUAAUGGCGACCUUGUUCCCAGAAUGCCUCACGGCAUAUCCCCCGCGUGAAAGCGUCUCUGGGAUGGCGUUACCCAUGGAGGUCAGACUUCGUCUCUGCGGUCAACUCCAGUGUUACACAGGAACUGGGACCACAGUACGACUGGGUCUAACACGGUCAGAGUUUGUGUCCAGGCUAGAAUCCCUGAGGUCCGCUGGCUGGCUGACAGACUAAACGGUAGCCACGGCAACCCAGUUCACCCUCUACAGCCCCCCCACCAACCUGUUCAACAGUGUGAACCUGAUGGCCGAGAGAUUACCUGGUGGAGCUUUGCACACCUCCGAUGUCCAGUCAGCUAGGGUCUACCAUUCACCUACUGUGUGGGACUACUUCAGUAUGGCAUGUCAGGCCAGUAUAUCUCCUGGUCAGUAUACUCCUGGUAACACCUCUCUGUUCCCUCCAGGUCACGUAUACUCCUGGUCAGUAAUACUCCUGUCUGUCUCCCUCCAGGUCAGUAUACUCCUGGUAACCCUGGUGUACUACAUCUACUACAUCUAUCAGUCCAUUCUGACUCUGGAGGUCGUUGACCUGCUGCAGCGACACGACUUCAGGACGCAUGUGGAUGUCAGCUUACUGUCUACCUGGGAACAGCACACCCAUACACUGCGUGGCAUACUGCUCUUCCUCCUGGUGGUGCGGUGUAUGUGUUUGUCGGGGGUUAACAGAACCAUGGCCGCCUCAGUGACUCUACUCAGACUCGCCUUCUCCAGACUCCUCUGGCCAAUGCUGUCAGGAGUUGUCCUGUUGGUGGCUCUGUCCUCUGUGGGAAACCUGCUGCUCCUGAGAAGGUCCUGGGGGUCCAGCUCCUUGCCCCACUCCGUCUUCACACUCCUGUCUCUCUCCAGGGGCCAACUGGGCUCCAGGGCCCCCUCCCUGCCCAUGGCCUCUCAGCCCCACCAGCUCCACAGCCCCAACAGCCUGUCUUUGUCUUUCUACCAUGGAGCUCUCUGUCUCACCCUCACUGUGGCCUGGACAGCAGUGUUGAUUGGAAUCGUCUCCUCGUUAGUGAGAGCUGCUAAACUAGCUGGUAGGAGGAGGAGCCUACUGACUCUCUGUGACGUGGUUGGCUACGUCAGGGACCGGGCGGCUGUGCUCAUUGGCCAACGCAGACAGAGAUGGACAGAUAGCCAUGCCCACAGGAGAAGUUUUUACCUGGAGGAAUUUGAGAGCCUGGUGGAUGAGCUGCAGUUUAGACUAAAUGCCUUCUCUAACAGUCUGCACCACACCCUACCUCCUAAAGAUAUKUUCUUCCCCACCCAGAGCCCGUCCAGCCUGGCUUCACAGCGCUCUGCUGCCAGUGAAACAGCACACAUGACUGAAGAGACACUUCUCAAUGAUCCCCCUGACAUCACCAAUCUCCCACUGACCUCCAGGGAACACUCACCUGACGCACACCACUACAGGUCUCAGCUUGAGUUGGAGACCCUCCACCAUCUGCAGCAGUCAGGCCAGAGGAGGCAGACCSCAGCCCCAGCUGGGGGACUCUCAAGUAGGGUAGGGACAUCCGGCAGUCCCCUGCAUAGUGGAGCACCAGGGAGGAACUCCCGAGAGCACCCAUCAGACAGAAACCUCCAGAGCUCCACCUCCAUAGGGGGGCCAAGCUACCUCUCCUCCCCAGAUUCGGUGCACCUAGCUGAGGCUCGGACAUGGGACAACAUGCCUCAGAUCCAGAGCCUAACAGGCUGGAUAGAUAAUCAGCUGGUUAAGACUGUGAUUCUGGAGAAUCAGAUCAGCCACUGGACCACUGUCGGUCGGUCUGGUAAGAAGAGCCACAGAAGUCCCAGAAACACCCAAUGGGCUACAGUAGAGGGGCCCAGCUCCAGAUAUACCACUGCUUCUGGGGUGGUGGAGGGCCAUGGAGGGCCACACAGGGCUGUGGUGGAGGUUAUGGUCCAUGGGCGCCCGGAGACUGAGCCAGAGGAGGAGGGAUUCCUAGGGACAGUCAGACAGUGCUGGGGUUAACACUGUAUGGCGAGUCUAAUGAAUGAAUUAUCUUCAUCAAUAUGCUAUUCAAGAGGGAUAUUUUGAAAAAAACAUGUUUAAAUACUCUGUGUGGGGGGAAUCAGGCUUAAUUACAAGUAUUCAGUAGGCCACUGCUUGUGUCACCAUGUCUAUUUUCAAAAACAUUAAAUUAACAAUGUGCCCUGGUUGUAAAACAAAUAAAUAAAUGGUGUGUAAAAUACAUUCUCAAAUAAAUGGUGUGCAGGAUAGGGUGAGGGGAGCGCACACUGUUUCUUGAAAGAAUGAACAUUACAACAUGGCUCACUGACUAACCAACUAAUAUGCUUACAGGACAGUUGCAUUGUUGCAGCAAUCCAGAGACCUCCUUGCACAAUAAAUAAAUAAACCUCUUCAUGA